AUGGACAUUCCCGAGUUGGAUAUGCCAGCUGCAUUGGUCGAAGUGGCCCAGAUCGGCUUCGAGUGCGACUGGGACGAGGAGACCGGCGAGCUUCGCGGCUGCGACUUCGAGUCCUACGGGGAGUUCGAACAGCCAUGCGAGACUGCGAUGUGGUUUCGAUUAUGGAGCGUCCACGAGGAGUUUGACUACACACAAUUCCGUUUCUUUGGCUCGACUGCCGCAGGUGACUAUGUCGGGUUCUGGCUGGUUCGACCUGAUGUCGACAUCUCCGAGCAGCCUGUUGUCUACAUCAGCUCUGACGGUGAUAUCGGUCUGAUUACUCAGAAUCUGGACGAUCUCCUCUGGCUGUUCGCCAACGGUUCAGGCCCAGCCGAGGCAUUCGAGGACCCAGGGCGUAAGACACAACCGAACGAGGAAAUCCGGCCCAUCGCGGAGCGCUACGCUCCAGGAAAGUGUCGAUCUACGGCGGAAAUUGUUGCGUCGGCACAAAAGGAGUUCCCAAACCUCAUGGAGCUCGUUCGUCAGAUGUAUGAGUGA